AAAACAGUGCUCAAGAAAUGUAUCAUGAGCAUGGAUGGACAUUGCUGAUCUACAACAUGGCAAACACCCUGCGCUUAUAGGUUGAACUACUAUCAGUUGUCAUCAUCUGGAUCUGAAUUAACAACACACCUUAUUUUGAUUGAACUUGCAGUCAAAAUGGAUUCUCCACGAAGCAUCAGCAUAGGAAGGUAUAACUAUGAAGAUGUCUAUAAGCAUGGUUUCUUCAUCAAAUCCCCACCACCCCAUCUUUUCACCAAUCAGACUUCCUGGAAAAGGAGAUAUUUUAUCCUUUCCAAGUUUAAUAGAAAUGAUUAUGUCCUGAAGUAUCUUAAAGGUCACCAGUUAAAAGGCCUUAUUGAAAUCAGUGAGACUUCAGAAAUAGAAAUUGGCAUAGGUGACCCUGAGAAAAUGACAGCUGUGAAGAAGAUGUUUAAAUGCCAGCCCACAGAAGUGAUGACCAUCAGAACAGAGAAUAGGGUUUUCUACCUUAUUGGAACAGAUUGCAAGGAAAUUGAGGAAUGGGCCACCUUUCUAUUUUCUGCUUGCAGAGACACAAAGAAACUGGAAAUGAGAAGUCGGCCAAAAUCUUCACCAGCUUGUCUUGAUGAAUUAGGGGCUGCUGCUAUCAUGAAGAAGGACAUGCAACCUUGCAAUGAAUAUGAAGAUAUAGGAGCAUCUACAGUGAAGAAGAGGCCAUCUUCAGAUCCUACUCUGCAGGAAACCGCCAAAGAAAUCCCUGUUUAUGAGUCACCAGCAAUAGUACGCCUAAGAUGCCUGACAAAUCAACAGUCAAAAGAAAAGUCUAAAAUAGAAGAAUACUAUGCAUCUCCAAGCAAUAUUCUAGCCCAGCUGGAUAAUAUUCUUGAUGAAUAUAGCACCUCGAAAGAGACUACUAACCCAGAUGAUGAAAAAGCUGAUGACAAUAAAGAAUACAUGACCAUGAAAGACGUCCAGGAACAUAGCAUGAAUCCAUUGGUGGCGGAGAACAAGCCAUUGAAACCAACACCACUACCAAGAAGUUUCAAACUAGAAAAAACACCAAAGCCAUCCUUUCUGUCUGUGGUUCAGUUGUCCAUUAUUCUCAGUAAAAUCACAGAUGAAAGCAAACUGGAAGAGGUGGAUAUUCUUCUUCCCCGGGAUGAUUUCACCGAUUGUCUGACACUUACAGAAGCAGUUGGACAUAUCUGCGUCUCCCAGUGGAAAGACCUGCAUCACUUCGGAUGCAUCUUUCAUCAAGGGGAUUAUAUAGUGGCUGUGAAUGACCUGCAUGUCAAGAGCAUGGAUGAAAUAUCUUUGUUCAUAAGUAGAUCCACAAGAAAAGAGGUGAAACUGUCUGUGUGUCGACUCCCAAAUUCAGAACUUUUACAUGCUCAAGGAUGCAAGUGUUCCUAAUGGAGACAAAUAAAAAUAAUCUCCAUUGAUGAGGAUCUUACGUCAAAUACAAAUGAGAAUGUGGUAACAUCAGCACAACAAAAAUCACAACUACACCAGGACUUUAUGCAGCACUCUCAUAAAAAUGUAGUAUGGUGAUGUUCUUCUUCCUUGGCUUAUCUUUGAUAGCAACUUCAUUUUGCAAGACAUCCCUACCUUUCUUAUGACAGGUUUUUUUUGUAGCACUGAGUACAACCAGAUUGUACCAGACUAGGGCAGGAUUAUUCCCCUGCAAACUUUGAAGGCAAUAGUAUUCAGAAAAGUUUUUGCCACUGUAAAUAACCAUACAAGUAUUUCAAACUCUUUCUGGAAGAGUUUCUAUUGUUCAUACUGUUGCUUGGCAUCUUUUUCACCGCUUCACAUUCUGCACUACCAUGAGAACAAAGAUCCUCACACCCUCCAUCUGUACCUUCCCACUGUGGUAUCAAAUAUCUGCUUUGCAAAAAAAGCUGAAAUAAAACAAAACACACCUUAAAGUCAAACUAGAGAUCACCCUGGAGAUUAUCUUCACUUGGAGCUGAUGGGCAACUUUUUCUUGUUGUUGUUAUCCAUAUUUAUGAUUUAACUAAUAGUCUUAUGAUAAAAGUUUGGGGGGUUUUUUGCUGAGUUAGUUAUGACUAUUGUUGAAGAAUCCAUGCUUGUUCUCCAUCUUUCUCUACAGCAGAGACUUAUGUCAAAAGUGUUUUUGUUGCAAUUAUUAAUAUUAAAAAAGAUAUUGAGGUAGUAUAGCUAUAAUGCUAAACCAUGGUUUAGCAGUACAUACGCAAACUGCAGUAAGCCCAAGCAAAAUCCCUGGUUUGUGUGUGUUUUUCCCCCUUCCACUCCUCCACAGCCACAAAAAGGACUUUGCUCACAUUUAAUUUCACAUUCUACAAAUUGUGGAUCAUCAUUACAUAUGAAUCAGUUAUGGUGGUUUAAAACAAACUCUAGUCAGUUUCAAAACAAGCCAACUUACAACUCUGGCUUGUUUAACUAGAGUUUGUUUUAAACCACAGUCCUGGUUCAUUCAUACCAACGAGCAAGAGUUAUGGAAAUUAAGUGAAAUGCUUCCAUCCAUGUGGCAGGAUGAGACAGGAGGGGUCUUUCCUCAGGUUAAUUACAACUCCUACAUGAAGCACUAAACCAUGAUCUAUCAUUAUGUGAGAACCAGUGGGUGCUGGUGCCCACCAGACUUGCUGGGACUGCUAUGGGGCUGUGGCCGAUGAGGUCACAGCCAACUGCUGUUUUCCCCCCAUCCUCCUCCCUUGCAAACAUACUGUGGACACUUAAACACUGCAGUUUUACAGAUAGCACCUAAUUAAACUGUAAAGUGCCUUACUUUGGUUCAGAAGGGGUCUCUGCUGUCACAGUAGCUUCUCAGAUGGGAGAAAAGUUGUGUGGCCUCCACCUGUUUUGGUUCUUUUCCCAUCCUUCUCCUUUGCAAACAAACUGUGGGCAGUUUUAAUAAUACUGAACACCUAACAGACCAUUAGUCUUACGCUCAGUCUCAUGAGUGUGCACACAGUUAAAUCAUGCCUCCUCAGUAGUGAAUAGAAACCUAGAUCUCUGCUCAUUCAGUAAUGCUCUCCCAAUCCUGUUUAAAAACAGACAUGUACAACGUGAGUGAGCUGCUGGAAAUUCACAUUUAAAAGGUGCGACAAAAGGCUUUAGUCCUAUGCUUGCUCUCAUGAGUAAGCCCCACAGAACACAGUGGAAGUUUACUUAUUUCUGAAUAAGAUGAAGAGGACUGUGUUAGUAACCAGCAGCGCUUGGAAAGUUCAUUUUAAAAAAGGAACAAAAUAGUUCAGUUCAAGUUCAUCCAAUUGCACUUUUAAUUCAUACUAAUUUCUGCCUUCUACACACAAGGCACAAGAGUGCUGCUGUCCCCCAGUGCCAACCUUCAACCAUGCAAAGAACUCAACUGAAAAGUAAAAAGAAAAGAAAAUAUAUAUUUGGGCAACUUGAUGCCUGGCUUUUUCCCUGGUAUGCAGAAAGAACCUCCCUGACCUGGAGCAGUGUAUAAAUAGUCAUAAGUAAUCCAUAUUCCUAGAUAAUAGUCAUUGGCUGAAGAUUUCCAGAGUUUUUUUUAAAUAAAACCAAUCUAAUAAACGGUAAGCUCCAAUUGGCCAGAGAAAAACAUAUGGCAGGUGAGGAAAAACAAGAAACCAAAAUGUUAGAAAAGGGAGUCUUUUACAAAAUAUGAUCAGUUCUAAAUACUGUAGCAGGAAGUUCUGUAAGUUCCUUCAGAAUUCCACUGGUGCAGGGACUCAGACAUUCACACAAGGUAUCUCUAUGUUUCUUGGCUUUUAUAAAAGGGAUUCCUUCUCCUUUUGAUCAACCACAUCUACACAGGUUCCACCUCCUUACUCAAAGUGAAAUUGGGGCUGGAAGUGUGCAACAACCCCACACAUGUCGUCUUACUGGAUUGCCAGGAUGUCUGUUUUCAACUGCCCCACACCCCAUUAUUAAAGACAGACUUGAGGUGAGACAGAAAAUAAACAUCGAGUCCUCUUGAAAGUACUACUAAGGUUUUUGUUUUAAUUAAAAUAAUUAUAAGUUCUUGCUCUUAUUGUGAAUGAUAGUUAAUUAUCUUGCACAAGCCCACAUUAAAUAUCCAGAUACUUUAAAUAAAUAAAUAAAAUAAAUGUUAAAGGUCCAGUCCAGUCCAUUCCUGGGGCAGUUUGCAACCCCAAAUCUCCUCUCCCUCCCACCUUGACAAUAAAAGGUCCAGUCCAGGUGCAGCCCAUGAAGAAACCAGAUUCUCCCCACCAGCACCUCUACUUAUAAUGCCAGCCAAACAGUUUUUACAGGCAGUUUGCCACCAAGAAGGUCCACUUCCCUCCACCCUGAUAAUUAAAAAGGCCCAGUCUGGCCCAUGAAGAAACCAAUCUUUCCCCCACCCCAUGAUGACAGCCAAACAUUUUUUAGAGGGCGUUUGCCACCACAAAUCUCAUUUUCCCUCCACACUGACAAUAAAAAGGUCUGGCACAGCCUGGCCCAUGAAGAAACCAUAUGCUCACCACCACCACUGCCACUUUAUGAUGCCAGCCAAACAUUUAUAGAGGCAGUUUGCCAUCAAGAAUCUCCUUUCUCAUCUCUUCCUCCUACAAUAAGUAGGGUCCAUGAAGAUACCAGAUUCCCCACCCCCACCCCAUUAUGUUGUCAGCCAAACAUUUUUAGGGGGACGGUGUAAACGCCGGAACAGAACGGAACAGGCCGGAAAGGGCCCUUUAUAAAAGAAAUUGAUGCCAAAAACACUGGGAUGUGUUAGAGACACUUGAGAACAACAUUUAGGAACAAAAACCAUUCUGAUAGGAUUUUAGUAACCCUUUAACAACCAAAAUGCCCUCUGGAACGGAAUGAAACAGCCCGGAACGGCGACUUCCCAGUGAGCCAGACCUCCCAAAUUCACCAGUCCCACAUGACUACAUGGGAUGCAUGCAAUAAGACACAAAACUUCCACAUAAGCCACGUUCCAUGCAAUAAUACAUCUUUCUGAACAGAGCCCAGAACAACAUCUGAACCAGCCAAGUCUAUCAAAUGCACCAGUCAUGCAUAACUGUAUGAGUCAACGCUCUGGGCCACAAGCUUUCACAGCAACCACAUUCACUUGCAUACACACAAGCAAAGAGUUGUGCUAUGCGCUCCAAUUGUUUUCAAUGGUAUAUAGCCAAAUAUAACUUCAGUUAAUUUAACAACAGAGACAAAUUUCAUUUGAUGUCAAAUUUAAAUUGGUACUGCUGAAAGUUAAGGGCACACUUCUGUAUUUUUGUGAAUACUUUGAUUCUCUUA